AUGGGCUUCUCGGCUAUGCUUACACCAGAUCAAGCUCAAAAACUUGCAGAAAGCGAUUCGGUUGUAUCUGUGUUCAAAAGCACGAUGCAUAAGCUCCACACAACACAUUCAUGGCAAUUUUUGGGAGUGGACUCUAUUCAACAAUAUAAUCAACUGGUAAGGGCUGCAAAGUCGAACAUUAUUGUGGGCGUCAUUGACACUGGAGUUUGGCCUGAGUCCCAGAGCUUCAACGAUUACGGAUUAGGACCCAUGCCUGAAAAAUUCAAGGGAGAAUGUGUAAUUGGGGAUGCAUUUACAUUGUCUAACUGCAACAGGAAAAUCAUAGGAGCUCGAUUAUACUCCAAAGGGUUUGAAUUAGUAAAUGGGCCUCUUGAAUCUUUCAAUCGUACUUUCUUUCGUUCAUCAAGAGAUAGUGAUGGGCAUAGAGCUCACAUUGCCUCAACAGUGGCAGGAUCACUGGCUUGUUGGUUUGAGUUGUGCAAUGAUGCUGAUGUUCUUUCCGCCUUUGACGAUGCUAUUAAUGAUGGUGUUGACAUUCUUUCUCUUUCCUUCGGCCCAAUGCCUCCCCAACCAAGUUUCUUCCAAGAAGUAAAUUCAAUAGGUACUUUCCAUGCAUUUCAGAAAGGAAUUCUUGUUUCUGCAUCUGCUGGGAAUUCCUUUUUACUGCGUACUGCAUGUAACGUUGCUCCAUGGAUCCUUACUAUUGGUGCAAGCACUAUGGACCGCAAACUCCAGUCCGACAUAUACCUUGGAAAUUCCAAAAUCAUAAAGCUGGGAGUGGUGCCGCAGCUAGCCCCUGGAAUUCCCCCCCAAAAUGCAAGCUUCUGCAAGAACAAUACGCUAGAUCCUACCUUAAUUAAGGGGAAGAUUGUGGUUUGCACAACUGAGUUGCUUACUGACAUACGCGCAGAAAAGGCCAUUUUUGUGAAACAAGGUGGUGGUGUUGGGAUGAUACUCAUUGAUCCAGUAGCCAAAGACGUUAUCUUUCAGUUUGUAAUCCAUGGUAGUGUUAUUUAUCCAGAAGCAGCAGAAGAGCUUCAGGCAUAUAUGGCCACAGAAAAGGAUCCUGUGGCUAAGAUCCUCCCACACAGACAGUUCUAUUUACCAAGCCCGCACCAAGGAUGCUUGGGUUCUCUUCAAUGGCCUGAUAUUACAGCACCUGGGGUGAAUAUUUUGGCAGCAUGGUCUCCGGUAGCAACUGGAGUCACAGCUGGACGCACACUUGACUAUAACAUAAUUUAUGCGACAGUCCUAGAUAACACUCAAAACUUCAUUAAAAGGAAUCCCAAUGGCGCCUCAACCACCCCUUUUGACUAUGGAUCCCGGCACAUAAAUCCAGUUGCAGCGAUGGAUCCAGGGCUAGUAUACGAUUUUGAUUCGAGUGACAUUGUCGAUUUCCUCUGCAGCACUGGUGCAAGCUUGACACAACUAAAAAAAUUCACGGGCAAACUAACUUAUUGCAAGAAUCCUCCUAAACCGUCACAUGAUUUUAACUAUCCAUCAAUCGGGGUGUCCAACAUGAAUGGAGGUUUAUCGGUGCAUCGAACUGUUACAUACUAUGGUGAAGGUCCGACAAUUUACUGUGCACAACUAGAAUAUCCAAGUAAUGUAAAUGCCAAAGUUAUACCGAAUGAGCUCAAGUUUACAAAGUUUGGGGAGAAGAUGUCUUUUAGGAUAGAUUUCACUCCUUACAAGAGCAGUAAUGGAAGCUUUGUGUUUGGAGCGUUAACAUGGUUCAAUGGCAUCCACAGGGUUAGGAGUCCCAUUGCCCUUAAUGUGGUUUCUGCGGGGGAAUGA